AUGCUCGUCCACGAGACGACAAUGCUCGCACAUUCUCCUGCAACAAGACGCGCAGCGACAAAGAGCACGAGUCAGAGCCGCUCUGGACGCUCGACGCCGUCUGCGUCUCCCUCGCGGCCGGCAAGCCCCCCACAGCGUGUAGAACAAGCAUUUACUCUCUCUACAAACGGUCACUCAGCUCCGUGGCUCACGCUCAGAGUCAGAAGUAACGCCAGCCCACCUAAAGCGCAUCCGCUAUACUUUGACCGCGACAUUGUCGAGGGUUCAGUUGACCUAGAUCUUGCGGAAAACGCGACUACAAUUCAUGGGAUUGUCGUAUUCGUUCGCGGCCAGGUUUACUCGGUUGGAGCAGACCAAUCUCCCUUUCUAGAGCUCUCCCAGACGCUGUGGACGUCGUCUAUGGGCCAUCCUCACGACCCGGGUGUACGCCACUCUGCCUUUAGUGGCAAGCUCUCCGGGUCGUAUUCAUGGCCAUUCUCGAUACCUCUACCGACUCAGAUUGUCGUCAACGACAACCAUGGUCGACCGGUAUCUGUGCCACUCCCACCGACGUUUGCGCCCAAAGGCCACUCGACGUUUAUUGACUACAAGAUUCAAGUCCUUAUCCAAAGAGGAUCUCUCAGGGUCGAUAAUACGCUAACGACGUCGUUUGUCUAUCUCCCCCGAGCCCGAGCCCCGCGGCCUUCGCCGCUCCUAGAAUCUGCGUAUCAGAACCAUCACCCGAUACUUGGUCCCUCGCUCGAUCCAGAAGGGUGGGACUCUCGACCGCCUCGCGUUGUCCACGGAAUGCUCUUUGGCGCUCGAAGAGCUUCGCUAGAAUGCACUCUCGCCGUCUCCCAGCCCACACGGCAGCUGGCCGCCGACAGAAGGCACUCGGACACGUAUGAAUCUGGCUCUCAGCAGCGAAUAUACGCCCGUGACUGUGUGAUACAUCUCCACGUCACACUAGAGUCCUACGACACCCAGCUCCUCGACUUUCUGGGUGCAUCCGCCAUCAAAGUCGCUCUCGUCCAGAGCACGCGCACACAGCUCAUCGAGUCGAGUAGUCACCCACAUACUGUUCACAAGCUGCACAAACUCCAAGCAGACGGAGAGCACGAAGAAGUUGCCGUCCAGGGUUCAUGCUGGCCCUCGUCGUCGUCCGGCAUAUCCUCCACCACGAGCAAUGCCAAUCAACGGCACUUUGAUGCAGAAAUUAUCGUCCGAAAGGAUCUCAAGCCCUCAUUUAGCUUCCCCUCCUUAUCUCUCCAAUACACUAUUCAGCUCUGGUUCGAAGCAAAAGGAUUCGCACCCCUCCAGAAAGGCCCCGUGUAUUCAGAGCCAGUCACCAUUGUCACUGAUCGUCCGAGGGGUCCAUCACCGCAUUCCUUGAGGCUUCCGUAUUCGUCGCAAUGA